AUGCUGGGAUGGUGUGGUGUUUAUGCUUUUGAGUUUUCAGAAGACGUUGAUCCAAGUAUUGGACGUUUCCGGAAUCUUGUAGCAACCGCCAUUAUUUCCAAUAACCCCAAUAAAAGAACUGCCCCUGCUACUAAAGGACAAGAACCUCCUCGAAAGAUUGUACGACCAUUCCGUGACGUGUCAUUGGCGGCUCCAAUGUGUUCCACACUGGGAGGAAUGGCCUUGAAUGCAGCUCCUGAUCUGGAGUUGUAUAGUAAAACGUUACCUGAACCAGGCCAACAUAAUUUGCAUCCACAUAUGAUACCUAUGGACAGCGAUGAACCACAUAAGAAAAAAUACGCGAAGGAGUCGUGGCCUGGUAGGAAGCCGAGUUCUGGUGUCUUGUAG